ACUCCGCUAAAGUCUUUGUUCUACUGCCAAGUGGUACGAAUGGCUAUUGUCCAGUCAAGAAUGAUAAUAUUGAGAUCAGUGUGCUAAAUUUUGUUUUUCAAAAAUCAAAAUGGCGGAACGGCGGGAAGAAAAAAAGGAAGAGAAAACAGGUUCAAACUUCAAAUUUUGUACAUGUAAUGGCUGAUUUUGUAGCUCACGUUAUAGCUAGGUCGUUUAAUACUUCUAAGCUAAAUUUUGCCAGUAUAUGUCGUACACACAGGGACAGAUGAGAAAGUAAAGUUUGCUGUUAAACGCAAGGCAGAAAACACUCAUGAAAAAAAAUCCCCGGUGAAAAUGAAAAUUGGAGCUGCUCCAAGCAAAGGAACGCCUAGUGGGAUAUCUAUUAAAGUUGGCCAACUGGUAAGCUUUAAUUUUUAUUCAGAAAUAACAAUUUUAUACUAUACAUACAGUUCAAUACAGGACAAGCAGUUACAGUAUUACAUUUUGUAGUUAUAAUAUAGCCAUUUCAUAACCGGACCCCCCUGAUGGGUUAAAUUACGAGAUUGCUGAUUUUAGACCACUUAUGAAACAGUUUUACAGACCUCUCAAUUUUUCAGAGAAGUUAAGAGUGAGAUUGGGGAUGUGGAUGACACCUUUGUAAACAUCCAAGGGUUUGAAAUGGCAUUUUGUACAUCAUGAGAGUUGGUGUUUUUUAAUGAAAUACAUUGCUUCAUAACGUCCUUUAAGUGUGAGUGAAGCAAAUUGUGUGAGACUUACGCCAAAUGUGUGAGAGUUGAGAGGUCUAGUUUUAGGAAAGAACCCUCGGAAAAAUCCCUCGACCAGUGGCGAAGCCAGCCUGACAACUCGGUCAUGCUGUGCAAAUAUUUCUGUGCUCAUAGACCAUGAAAACGAUCAAUUUCUAAAGAAAUGAUAAUGAUUUUACAUUUGCAUAGCAUGCAUGACCAAAUUGUUGGACUGGCUUUGCCACUGCCCUCAAUCCCUAUGGAAAUACCUUUGACGAGGUUCGAUUAAACAAAAAAGCCAGUGUGGAAAGUUUGUAUCGGAGAUAUCGGCCGCGCAAUUUUGAUGCUUUCUGCAUAUUUACUAUUAAAUUUUUGAAAUCUCUGGCAUGUAAUUUCCAAACAUUUCUGCAGUCAGGCAAGAAACCCUUCAACAUUUAAUAGUUGAAAAUGAGGUAAUAGCUAGAUGUCUUAAUAAAUAAACUUAUAACUAUUAAAGUUUGGCUAGUUUAUGAGUGUUUAGCAUAUUUUAUAUCACUUUAGAAAUCGUCAGAAAGGAGUAAAGAGAAAGUUGAUAUUGUGUCAAAACCAAAGAAAGGUUCUGUUGCUGCUGCAUUUAAUGACGAGGUUUUUUAAAAAAAUUUAUUAUGAACACAAUACACUGCUACACACCAGACGGCAGAUUUGGUCAACAUCACAAUUGUUUUUUUUAGGUAGAAGUUUUAGUCCACUUGAGGUGUAGUUUAUAACUAUUUUUGGACUUUAAUCUGCCCUUAAAUCUAAUUUUUAUGAUCUAGUAUCUAACUAAUUUGGUGCCCUUAUCUGCCUCUUGAUGUGCACUUGAUUUUCCAACAUUUGCUCACCUGAUCUUGUUGAAAGGUGACCAAGUCUGGGCUGCACCAAGUACUUGCAAUUUGCCUGAGUUGAGGACAUGCAUAAAAAUUUGUUCAGUACAUAUGAAAUACAUUCCCAAAUAUAUUUUGAUAUUGUAGAGUGAUGACGAAGAAGAAAUUCCUAAAGAAGCAAAAAUGCGCAUGAGAAAUUUAGGAAAGUAUGUAACAUCAACAAUGACCAACAAUGAUCCAAAUACAAAGUUAAAAAUAGUAGAGUAACUGCUUGUUUCAUUUUAGAGAAACGAUAACAUCAUCUGGUCCUAACUCGUUCAAUAAAAGCAAACAAGGAUUCACAAACUACAACAAAAUCCGAGAGAAAGAAAUGAAGCUAACAAAACACUAGCAAGGCCAAGGUACAUAACUGACAUCUUUCCCAGAGACCUCUGGAUAACUUACAUCACAACACACAGACAAAAAUACAAAAUGAAUCAAAUAUGAUCUGAUGCAUAUGGCAUUCCAGACCAUAUAGCUAAAUUUUGCACUCUACCAUAAGUCCAUAACCAAGUAAUCACUCAACACAUCUAGGGUAUCAAAUAUUUGCACACAAUCAAAUAUUUGCACUACUUGUGUAUACAUAGUAAACUGUAAAGUACCUGACCACCACAUUUUCAGACUUCAUCUUUCUUCAUCAACUAAUUGCUGUAAUUAUGCUCUAAUAUUGCUCUAAUGAUGGUUUAGUGAAAUCUUCAUAUUUACACAUCACUUAAAUCACAGAUGAGACUAAUGUUUUAAUUCUUGCUAUUGUAUUGGUAAAGUCUUGAACAUUUACCACCUCUUGGUUGUUUUCUAUGCUGGUCGUCUUUGGUUAUGCUCUGCUUAAUAUACUAAAAUAAACUAAUAAAAUAAAAUACUAAAAUAAACUAUUGUGUAAUGUUUAACAUGGAAUGUAAACAUGUUGACAUGCCUUUGUGAUUUUUAUGCAUUUAUGUCUUUGGAUAAGGUUACUGGUAAGGUUAUACCCAAUCUGCAAUCCUCGGCCAGAAGCCAGGAAUCCUGGCUAAGAUUGAACUGCGCAUCCCAUCUCAACGGCCAAUCAGAUUCCUCCCUGAAACGGAUUAUCCCAGAGCCUCACGUUCCUUCCCGAGGACUGCAGGCUCUGGGAACGAGAUUGGGCUAUACCUAGCUAGCCUCCUCUGCAGGCAUCGCCUUUAGAUUAGUGGGCAAAAUUUGCUUGCAAAAAAUUAGUUGUAAAGUAAGUGCCUGCAGAAGAGGCUAAAGCGGUUAUACAUAGGUAUAAUAAAAUACAAUAAGAAUCAAGCUCUGUUAUCCAGUUUGUAGUUAGAGAUAAGUG